CUUGCUAUCACCAUCUGACCCAACUUCAAGUAUGCCAUCCAUACCAGACCAUAACCCUUCAUCCAAUAACACACCUGCUCUCGACAACACGAGAAACCGAGUUAGACAAUCUUAUCUGAACCUGUGAUAUUAUCGCACAAGUUGCCUCUAUACACAGCCAUUUUCUCUCAAGAUGUCGAUAUCAAACGAGGCGCUGUCAAAGUUGAUCCAAGAGAUCGAGCUCAAGUCGAUCCAGGCGCAGCAGCAGAUCAGCAUGGUCCGCAGCCAACAGGCCUCCAAGCAGCGUGAGAUGAGGCUCGCCGAGUUGACACGGAGCGAGAUAUCGUCGCUGCCUACAGAGACACCUGUGUAUGAGGGUCUUGGUAAAAUGUUCGUCUUGACGCCAGCGUCAGACCUAAACAACAAGCUUGGCAAGCAAGUCAAGGAGCUAGGCACGGACAUAGAAAAUCUGGGGAAGAGGCUACACUACCUUGAGACGACGGCCAAGAAUAGCCAAAGUCAUAUCGACCAAAUCUUGAAGCGCGGCGAUGCUUAGCUAGGGGUGUUCCUGAGCAUUAGGCAUAGUGGGCUUGGCACUCGACAGAACGGAACAUGAAGGCUGUGUGCAUGGCAUGUACCACACGCAGUACAAGGCGGGUUUUGUGGGGGUCGGCUGCACGAGACUGAAAUUAGAGUAUUCAUUAACUCAUGGUUUUUGUCUGGGGCCUUUUUACACUCGCACAGCCCUACUGUAUAGUAGGUCUAGAAUAGUCUACCGGUAUGAUAAAAUAAAUGACCAUCGACUAGGUUGACGUUCCUCGGC